UUAUAUUUUACAAUAUCAAGAAAACUUUUCUGUUCGCGUAAUAUAGAUCGCAUAUUCUCUUUAAAAGAAACAAAUCUGGCGUAGAUAUUUGAAAUAGUUGUGACAUAUGAGCAGUGUGAGUUGCAUCUAUUUUUGUCACAGCCUCAGCUUUCGGGAUUGGACCCCCUCACAAAGUUUGCUUGUCGGACACAAAAACAAGCCCGGGUCAGUUAUUCAGAGAAGAUUAUUUUAGUGAAUUAUUGAGACCCCUCUCCACUGUGCACAGUCAGUGCUCUCAAUGGACCUGAAUGACAUCAGAGGGGGCAGGCUGGCUGUGAUCUCAGAAGAGAGCGAGCAGCAGGACUUCAGCAGAGAGUCGAGCACCAUGGAGGCAUACAAUGUUGUUCCAGAGCCUGGAGGAAGGACCUUCCAGAGGUUUUCAGUCAACACCAAUGAGUCGCUGCGGUUCGAACCCUGUGAAGACAGCUGUCCGUCCCCUACUGGGGCAGAAGAUGGACGUGAUGAUGUGUUUGAGAAGGGAGAAUGUGAGGGUGAGAUCGCCUCCAUCAGGAACCAGCUGCAGGGGAAGGUUGCUGAGAUGGAGAACUUUGCUGGUCAUUUGGAGGAAAUCUUUCUCACUGUGGAGGAGAACUUCGGCCGCCAGGAGCAGCACUUGGAGCAGCACUACAACGACGUGCUGCAGACGUUGUCCCAGCGCUACGACGACAGGGAGACGGGACUGCAGGAGGAGAAGAAGAGCAAGCUGGAGUCCCUAUACAAGCAGCUGGUGGCCUGUGGGCAGGCGCUGGACACCUCGAAGGAGCUCAUCGAGACGGCCCAGGAGGUUUACCGCUGCCAGGACGAGAGGCUUUUCCUAAAGACAGUUAUGCCCAUCGUUAAAAGAGUCGAGGAGUUUGCCAAGGAGGACAUCGACCUCUCGCUGUCGACGAGUCUUGAGUUCAGCACGCCGCUGGCCGACCUGUCAGACGUGAAAACCAUGAUGGACUCCAUCAAUGUUGUGCCAGCUCCGUCUGCACCAGUGAUCAACCCGCAGCUGCCCAACUCGGCCACCCAGACCUCCCUGCAUGUGUGCUGGAGCUUAUUCUCCGACGACACGGUGGAGUACUACGAGCUUUACUACCGACCGGUGCUGGAGGACACGCCGGCAGACAGUACCUGUGCACCGCAGGAAAGCAAGGUAAAAGUGAAGGAGACCCAUUGCACUGUGACAGACCUGCUCCACAAUGCUCAAUAUGAGCUCUGGGUGACGGCUACCAACACAACAGGCAUCAGCCCAGCGAGUGAGAAGGCCUUGUACAUGACGGUGCCGUCGCCUCCUGCAAUCAAGCAGAGGGAGUGCAGCAGCUGCCCAGAGGCUGCCCUGAUCCGAUGGGAAUCAGGAAACACCAACCCUGUAGACUCCUACAUUGUGGAGCUCAGUGAGACGGGAACUGUGGGCGCAGAGAGCAACAUUACCGAGUCUAUAGUAGCCGUGCCCACCUGUCAGUGUCUGAUCCAGCUGCAGGCAGGGCGACAAUACCUCAUCUCUGUAAGAGCGGUCAACAUUGGAGGUCCGAGUGACAGGAGUGAUGCUAUAACUAUCUCCACAACUGGCACCUUCUUCUACCUCCUGGAGGACACCGCUCAUCCCUGUCUCUCCAUGUCAGAAGAUGGCUUCACUAUAUUCUAUGGAGAUGAGGAGUUGCCCAUAACUGCAAUGGCUUUUGAGGACAACACUUUCACAAGAUGUGUAGCCAUUUUGGGGGAUCUGAUUCCAGUGCGAGGCAGGCACUACUGGGAAGUCGAGGUGGACGAUGAGACCGAGUUUCGUGUCGGAGUUGCAUACGAAGACACGGAGAGGGACGGGUACCUUGGUGCCAACGGUAGCUCCUGGUGUAUGAGACACAUUCGCACCCCGUCCAGACAUAAAUACGAGUUCCUGCAUAACGGCUGGAGUCCAGACUUGAGGAUCACAGUGCAUCCAGUGCGUAUCGGAGUGGCUCUCGACUACGACAGGGGAACUCUGAGCUUCUUCAAUGCUAAUCUGGAGCAACAUCUGCAUACCUUCCACUGUCGCUUUCACAAUUACGUCCACCCCUGUUUCAGCCUGGACAACCCAGGAGCGCUUACUGUACAUAAUGGCAUACAAGCUCCUGACUACACUUUCAUCUGACAGGAAGUCGGUGUUAAUGAGGUCAUAAACAGAACUAAUAAUUAACCUCAGUUUUCAUUAUCGUGACAUUAAAUGUUACAACAAAAAAAUCAUUUACAGUGUGAAAGUUCAGACAGAAACGCAUCAAUAAAAAUAUACUUUCUGAAGUUGUUUUAUUAUAGUAUUCCAUGGGAACAGGCAUACACCAUUUUCCAAGAUGAGAAAAAGGUUUCACUGAAGUUUAUAUGUAUUUAAACAAUCUGCGAUUGCAGCAAGGCCAGAUGUCGACGCUCAAAAUGGGACUUUAUUAACAAAAGUUGGAGGGAAAAAAAAAAAAAAACAAAAAGAAGAAAGUUUCUCUUUAUUAUACAGCUGUAUUCACAUGUUAGAGAAGUCCGCCCUGUGUACCUCCAUACUUUGAGACGUGUGUAAUGACUGGGAUUUAAUACCAUUUGUUCUGUGUUAAAAGUUGAUGAGGGCAACAUUUAGUCAGAUUAAAGUGAAAAAAGUUGAACUUUUUACAAAAGCUCAAAUGACAUUUGACUACAAGCACCUGGUUGUUGGCUUCUGUAUUUACAUCAGCUUAAACUAUUUUAGACUAAAGAAUAUAUCUAAACAAGUUUAACCUUACUUGUGCAAGAGCAUCUGGAGACAAACAAAAACCUAAACUUAAACAUGGAUGGACAAAGGAAAUAAGAACCUGUUUACACUAGUAAAGCGCUUUAAAUUCACUUUAAAUUCACAAAUUUAAAGUGUGUAAAUCUGUUAAUUUACACACUUUAAUCAAUAUAGCACAUACUGUAUGUUACCAUCUUAAACCCGUCAGGUUUAGGUUUAUUUGUAUGUAUGGAAAGUUUUAUCUGAAUUUUGGUAAGAGCCAAAACAAAGUGAAAACCUGUUCUUUUUGGAAGGAUAAAAAGAUAAACCAAAGA